AUGAGCCAAAAGAAGAGUGGUCACAGCUGCAGCAGCGACGGCGACCAUGGACCGUCCUCCUCACGGCGACCAUGGACCAUCCUCCUCACGGUGACCAUGGGCCGCCCUCCUCACGGCGACCAUGGACCGUCCUCCUCACGGCGACCAUGGACCAUCCUCCUCACGGUGACCAUGGACCAUCCUCCUCACGGUGACCAUGGACCAUCCUCCUCACGGUGA